AAAUCAAAAUUCAAACCAAAAUGAACAUUGUUAAACUUUUGCAUUUUUUAGGUAUUUGCAAAUUUUCGUGUAGAAAUUUGAUUUGUUUGACCCCGCGACCGCGCCAUUUUUUAAAGUUAAAAUUUUUCCAAUUCAGUAUCUGGUGCCAGUACUAUCGUUAAUCAAACCGGAAAUAUCAUGAAAUAUCCAUCCUCUUACGGAAGAUCCAACUCCCGCUUGGAAGAACUUUCCAAAUUCCAGUGUGUCAUUAGAAUCGAAGCUUACCCUCCGACUGGGAAUGUCCCCGCCAACAAGAUCCGGUCUUCCUCCCCCAGAUUCCGGCUGGAGAUAUCUUUGUCCAUGCGGUGAUUUCACUCGGUGCGGGAAGUUGGACGUGGUCAUCGAUUUCAACAAUCGGCUAGAAAAAAACUACCGCAAAAACACAUACUGGUCAUAGCGAGAAAUCAUGAACUUAGCUUCGAUCGCGCAGCCCCUUCAAUAUGGCACCGGAGGCUGCUGCAAGAACACUGGUUCUACUAUUGUUGACGAAAUACCAACACUUGGUCAUUCGAAGGAGAGCCUAGCGGAGGUAGUGAAAAAGGAAAAUAUUCAUCAGUACUUGAGCAAUUGCACCUAUCUGCAGAAUAAGUACAUUGAGCUAUAUGGUCUUAAAAUUAACGGCACGCCUUGGCAACCGGAGUUCUGCAAGUGGGCCUUCAAUGUGAAGGGCGGUAAAGAUUGCCUGGAAAAGUGGGAGAAUAUUCCAGAAAAUAUUGAUAUCUUGAUAACCCAAACGUUGGUCAUGGAGAUCUUUUCUGUUCAGGAGUACGACCCGGCUGUGUAGAGUUGCUAACGAUAAUUCAGCAACAAGUCAAACUACGGUAUCACGUAUUUGGACAUUUUCAUGAAAUCCAAUAGCCAUAUUCUUGUGAG